CAAACUUCCUCCAAUUUGCCUCUCUCUCUCUCUCUCUCUCUCUCCCAACUUGGCCUAAUAAAAGAGCAAAACCCAUUUUCCCCUCAGAAUCAGAUCUCAGAAAUUUACACACACUGAGUGAGUGAGAAAAAAUGAGCACUAUGAGUGAAACCCUAGUUACACAGAGGGAAAGAUUGAUUAGAGAGUUAGUGAAAGGCAAAGAAUUUACAGCCCAGCUUCAAAACCUACUUAAUAAGCCACUGAAAAAUAAUGGGUCUGUCUCUGCUGAGGAAUUAGCUGCGAAAAUCCUGAGAUCUUUCACUGAGACUCUUUCUGUGUUAAGUUCAGAUGAAACAUUCCAGAUCGACGGCGGCGAUAGUGGCUCCUCAGUCUGCUCCCGUGAGAUCGAGAAGAAGCCGGAAAAGGUCAAGGAUCGAAGGGGUUGUUACAAGAGAAGAAGGACCUCAGAUUUAAGGAAUAAAGUUUCUCCUACGAUGGAUGAUGGUUAUGCAUGGAGGAAAUAUGGACAGAAAAAAAUUCUCAAUUCAGAAUAUCCAAGAUGUUAUUACAGAUGCACCCACAAGUAUGAAGGCUGCAAAGCAGCAAGACAAGUAGAAACAAUCAAAGAAGACCCCAUUUUGUAUAAAAUUACAUACUUUGAUCAUCAUACAUGUACUGAUAGAAUGAGGGCUCCACAUAUUGUAGAUUUAGAUCCUGUGGAAUCCCUUAAUCUAGUCAGUUUUGAUUCAAAAAUCCCAUUCAAUCAAGACCAUCCAUCAUACUCCAUGAUCAAUAUUCCUUCAGGAAAAGAAGAACCUAAACGAGAGACACAAAGUACUGAUAUGUCUGAUGUAAAAUCAUCACUGGAUGAUUCUAACUCGGGGCACAAAAUAGUGCCAAUGGAGAAAACAUCGUCUGGAUAUGCACCGGUGUGGGGUCUGAAAACAAGACCUUGUGAUCAUGAUCAAGAAGUGGCUUCUGGCUUUUAUUCAUGCACAUCAAAUAGUUUGCAUGAGCUAGAUAUGGAGGGUAUAGAUCAGUUUGGUGAUAUAGAAAGCUUUCAUUUUGACUAGUUUUAAUAGCUUCUAAAUAUAUUAUCCACUGUCAUGUAUGUACUAAACUCAAAAAAAUGUAAUUUCUGCCUCAGUCUUUCCCUGUCUCAAAGUGAUAUUGUUAGUGAUAUUGUGGGGACAAAAUGAAGUGUUGUAAACUCAUUUGUGGAAAGGGAAUCAUAAGAAUUUGGAUUUGAAUAAAAGUACUUAUGGAAA